AUGCUCGACAUCAAGACGAACGUCGGCUCAGCGCAAGCCAUUUGGGCUUGGCUUGAUCUGAACGCGUCUGAUCACGGAGCUUCCGAGAUCGGUCAUGCACGCAAGAUAGUACGACCCGUGUCGAUGCGGAAAGAUGCAAAGCACACCGAGACUGCAGUUUCUCAGUCGAAAGCCGCAGCCACUUUUCUUCCCGAAGAGUCGAACAGCAUCCUCAAAAGGUCUCUAUCGAAGCUGAGGAUCAAAGAUGGUCUCUCGCCUGACAGACGGAAGGCUGAGAUUCAGUCGAGGCGUCAACCGCUGGCCUCUGCUUCCAAAAUACCACAGGCAACCGCUCCUACCCCGAAUGCACAUAUCAUCACCGCUCGUUCCGACAAGGCUGCUUUCGUCCUUCACAAUGUCGCCAACUCAGACACCAUGUGCGCCGACAAAUCGCGACACAAAAAUGGGAGUCCGGCAGAGAAUCACCCGGAUCGCAGCGCCGAUCAUCACUACGGGUUCUCCGGCACUCAUCAGCUCAGCCCGAUCGCGAAGACGAGGUCGGAGGAAGUCAAAACCAAAGCUAUGCAGCUAGGUAUCUUCAAGGUCAGCGAAGCCGACUUGAAAGAACGCUACCAGUUCCUCAACGAGAUUGGUUCUGGUGAAUGGGGCAGUGUCUGGGCUGUAGAAGCGCUUCGACCUCUCGCCCAUCUUCCAUCUUCCGCCUAUCGCUCCCUCCAGGUCGACAAGCUCACAGGUUCUGGAACCUAUACUAUCGACAACACCUCCAACUUUCGCCCGCUCGCCGUCAAGCUCUGCAAGCGUGAGACAAAGUACUCUUCUGCAGCUAGAACACAACGUCUCUGGAACGAGUUCAAGGUGCUGCGUACGUUGAUGGACCAGCUACCUCGCGCCGAGCGAGUCAACGCUGACAGUCCCAAUUGCCGCGUCCGUAACGAUCGGACCGGCUGGCAUCCCAAUGUCGUCAACUUCUACGAGUUCCUUCUCACGCCAAACCUAGCCAUGCUCGUCAUGCCCAAAUUCGACGAGCCUAUGAAGGUCUGCCUUGGUGAGACGCUGUGCCUCAACUUCUUCCAGCAACUGCUCUCAGCUCUGCACUGGCUGCACCAGCAUGGCGUUUGUCACAACGAUAUCAAGGUGGACAACCUCGGUGUGACCUACGAUACUUCUGGUCUUGGUCGCGACGUGGUGACGCUCUUCGACUUCGGCUUCGCCCAUCGCUACGAUCCUCCCAAGAAAGGCGCCUUCAUGUCACAAGAAGUUUGGGGCACACCUGAGUACCUUUCGCCGGAGCGAUGUCGUGCGAUGUUGCACGACGAAAGGAAAUCAGAUAUGUGGGCGCUCGGCAUCACAUUUUUCGAGAUGCGAACAGGUCGCACUCCUUUCGAACAUCACGACGAGAAGUUUGACAGCAGCGAAAAGUUCGAGGUCUACUACGAGCGUGCCGAGCGUGGUACAUGGCUUGGAGAUUGGGAGAUGUCGACAGAGAUGGAGGAUCUCAUCCGCAAGAUGCUCCGUCACGAUCCUCAGGAGCGACUCGACGCUGCCGAAGCUCUCGCCCAUCCUCUAGUUGAUCCUCGAAAUGGCAAGCAGCGCGACUCAUUUGACGACUUUCUCCAGAUUUCGUACGAGGAGGUUCGCGCGUUUGACGCCGUCCCAGACACUCGUCGCAACGCAGGUCUCUCACAAAUGCUACGCGAGAUCGAUGACAGUGAUGCAAUGAUCCAAGACCUCGUCGAGCAGAGCAACCAGACCGUCAUUGAGCAUCACACCGGUGCGAGCGAGCGCGAGUUGUUGCUCGCUUCGCCAGGCAUCUCUCGCGCCGCUGUCGCCUUGCGUUCUUCGCGCAUCCCUGCGUCUCCGUCGUUGUCGCAAGUCGGCAUGGACUCUCGUCUGACUGAUCUCAUGUGCGUCAGCCCGCCCUGGAGGGGUCCGCGACCGCCACGCCAGGGCACUCCUAUCCCUUCGGUCGAACGAGAUCGUGUCCUGGCCGAGAAGCUGGUCAAGCAAAUGGACAACGAAGGUGACGACAGCGAUUAUUCGGUCAGCAACGAUUCUCCUGUGGCCAUCACUCGAGCGUCUAGGGCCAGUGUAGCUCGAACAGCAUUACUCGUUCAGCCUACCAAGCAGUCGCCCUUCCGUCUCCGUCUGGGUGAGCGCCCGCGUCAAAUCCAAUCCAGCCGCCCUCUGACCGAGCAGAUGACAUCGACACCAGUCUCUGCACCUGCAAUCAUCGAACAGAAGCCUAUAGCACCGGUCCUACCUCCAACGUCAUUGCCUUUAGUGAACCACGAAAAGUUCAUACCCAUGGCGUCUCGUACAGAUUUCUGCUCGCGAGGAAAUGUCGUUGCGUCGCUCGCCAAGAAAUUCGACGCCAGCAAUUUCCUCGCUCGUCCUCCGGCGCACGUCACCGCUAUGACGACGGCUGGCGGUCUCGGGCUGACCAUCCGUGGUCAUCCUGUGCACAAUGCGGGUCACAGUCACCGUCGAUCCAAGUCGUACACCUUGGUAAGCUCUACCCAGCAAGACAUUGCGCAUCAGUCGGCACGUCGAUCCACUGGAUCUAUGGUCCCUUCGCCUGAGGACGCUUUGCCUCGAUGUGCACGCCGACUGUUCGCUACAGCCGAGCCGUCACCCGUUCUUUCUUCCAUCGAGGCCGAUAGCGCAACAGACAUCGGUUCUGCUCGAUCGGAUACAAAAGAUGCCGGUAUGCAUCACCCUCAAGCUUGCAUCAAGUCAGCCACGUCCCGCACACCCAACCUCCACGCCGUGCUCUCCGGCGACUCUCUUCAACAAACCACGCUUCCCACUCGCUCGGGUCCAUCAUCCAUUUCCAUCCCAUCAACUCCGUCGGCUGGAGAGGAGGUCAUCUUUCGGAAGCUCAAGAAGAUGGCAAGUCUAGCUGGGCUACUCAGCAAGAUGAUCGACGAGACCAAAUCGACUAUCCUCACUCCGGAGAGGUCGAAUCUGAAGACGCCGAUGCGUACUCGCAGGGGCUCGGUAGGUACCGAGAGUACUGAGGCUGUGGAUAUCUCUCCUGGACUCUUGGAGACGCCUGAUACGGUAGGUGGAAGGAGGAAGAAAGCGGAGGAGGAUGAGGGAGAUGUAUCGUUGGUUUCGGCCGCAUUCUCGUUGGAUCUGAGUGGGAAUGACCGUCGCGAGUGCUCGAACGUCCCUACUUCUCAGGUCGGACUUGAUCAAGUUUCUGUGCAACCUCGACUGCAAAGCCCAUCCGACCGAACGCCAUCGAUCACACCCUCAGCGGCGCAGGUGGAGACAAUGUACUCCUCCUUCCUUCUCAGCCAAAACGUCUGCAAGUCCGGCAACGGUUUCCUCUCCCCCCCACACACCCCAUCUGUCGCGGACGAUACCGCUGCCAGCUCAACGAAGUCCAAACAUCGUUCGCUAGCGACCCUCUUCUCACCCAGCGGCACUACCCCACUGCAGAGCCUUCUGAAAAAUGCUCGAGUGUCGCCGCGAAAGACCGCUGGCGGGGAUGCCUCGCGCGUCGACCACCAGAGGAGCAUCGGCAAGAGCGGCAAACUGUCUAGGCUUUUCAGGAAACAUGCUUAG